GCUCUUCGGUUUGGGAAGUACUAUGUAAGGGAAUGACAGGUGGCCGAGGGCACCUCUGCCUAGCUAGCCAUGCUCUCAGGUAAAGGUGAGGUGGUGCAAGGUGUGGGCCCUCAGGGGUUGGCUGCUCUAGCCUUUGGGGCUGUGGGUAAUGAUGACCAGUAGGUGAGAGAUGAGGAAACCAGAGCAGAAGGUGAAAGUUAGUUGGCGGAGCCCCAGACCUGUCAGGUAAGGCUAGACUAGAUCGCUUUCUGGAACUCUGAGGGGUUUGGAGACUCGUGGCGUUGGAAAAGACUUCUAGUGUCGUGCAGGAAGGGGGUCUGAGCUCGGUUGCCGGACUUGAUGCCCGGGAGCCCCCAACCGGCUACCCCCAGGCAGGGGCGGGACGCCAUCAUUUCGAUGGCUCCACGGGCGGUGGCCCCACAGCUGAGCCAAUCACUGCCCUGCCGAGGGAUAGGGGCGUGGACAAGCAGGGGAAAGUUACAACAGGUUGGCAAGGCAAGGCAGGCGAGGAAGCCCCCGGCACAGCUCCGUGGAAAAGCCAGAUCCCGACUCCGCCGGGGCACUGAGAGGUCCGGUCCACCAGGCGCGGGGAUCGAAGACACAAACUGAAGCCCAGCUGACCUGCCAGACCAUGGCAUCCUGGGGACUCUUUGUGGCUGGCGCCUCCUUCGCGUCAUUUCGGGGGCUGCACUGGGGACUGCAGCUGCUGCCCACCCCGGAAUCUACUCAGGACAGCUGGAUGUGGCGGAACAUUUUCGUUUCGCUGAUGCAUAGCCUACUCUCUGGAUCAGGGGCGCUGGUCGGGCUGUGGCUUUAUCCUCAGAUGGUCACCGACCCGAUUCAUGGCCACCCACCGUGGGCAGUGGUCCUGGUAGCGGUGUCAGUGGGUUAUUUCCUGGCGGAUGGAGUUGACAUGCUGUGGAAUCAGACUUUGGCGCAGGCCUGGGACCUUCUCUGUCACCAUGUGGUGGUAGUGAGCUGCCUCAGCAUCGCGGUUCUGUCGGGCCACUAUGUGGGCUUCGCCAUGGUAUCUCUGCUUCUGGAGCUGAACUCCAUCUGUUUGCAUCUGCGGAGGCUGCUGCUGCUUUCCCAUAAGGCCUCGUCCUUGGCCUUCAGAGUAACCAGCUGGGCCACCCUGACCACCCUGGCCCUCUUCCGCCUUCUACCUCUAGGGUGGAUGACCCUGUGGUUGUUUCGGCAGCACUACCUGGUGCCUCCUGCUGUGGUCAUCCUUUGUAUAACUGGACUGGUCACUGUGGGUACCAUGAGCAUCUCACUGGGUAUCCGAAUCCUGAUCAGGGAUGUCUUGCAGUCUCGGCCCAACUCAUUUAUCGUCGUGCACAAGGAGAUUCGGCCGAUCAAGACGCAUGAUGGUGAGCCUGUCACCAGGAACAAUUCCACUCUCAGUCUGAAAGACUAGAGAAGCGGAGGCUUCCUCUUCUGUCAGCCCUGGGGGGCUGGGGCCGGGAAGAGGAGAUGGUAGCCUUCACUGCAUAGUCUACUGUGUAGCAAGGGCUAGACUGUAUUAUCAGCAUCUCAGGACCUUUUCCAGCUAACUCAUUUCUCUCCCCUUCCCAAGACCCAAGAAGAAAUGUGAAUGUUAGUGGCUUCGUGGGAACCUAGAUUACCGCUCAGUGAAUUCCUUUGCUCCAGCGUAAGGACAGACAAUGGGACAGGAGAUCCUUCUAGAGUCAGGGAGACCUCAUUUAUGAUCAAAUUCUGGUGGUGAGAUGAGAGCCCAAGAAACAUUAUCUGUUGCCAGAAGGGAUGGGCAUGGCAGUUGCCAGGGACAGACAGAAGCCAGGCCAGUGCAGUUGUUGCUGAUACCUCCCAUCCUCUGGGUCAGACUGCAAGUACUAGGAUUGUACUCAACCAUACUCUGCUGCACACAGCCUUUCUAAUACUUAUGUAUCUUUUGACCUUUUUAAAGAAAUGUAAAUUCUUAGAUGAACAUGGUGUCUCUCCUAAGGCAGCACAGAGCCAGGAGCCACAGAAGAGACUGAACCAUCUGGACUGAAUACACAAUGUGAUCACCCAGUGCAAAGCUUUUGAAGGCUCUGGGUUGUGUUGAGCACUGAGGCAGAGGCCCAGCAGGGGAGAAGAGCCAGAGGGGCAGGAUAGCUGACUGACCCUUUUCUGGAGUCUUUUGAAGGCUCUCUCUUCCCUGUCUCCACAGCUAGUCUCCUAUUGCAUGCAGGUCUCCACCCUUUCUAGUCUGAACGUCCAGGUUACAGGAACUGUGGAGCAGAUUGGGGUUACUGUUGUAUUGAACAGUAAAGUGAUAACCCCUUGGCCGGACGGUGGUGGCGCACACCUUUAAUCCCAGCACUCGGGAGGCAGAGGCAGGCAGAUCUCUCUGUGAGUUUGAGGCCAGCCUGGACUACAGAGUGA